AUGAUGCGACUCUUCUACAUUAGCUCGCCUUCUCUCAUUCCCCUCCGUCGCCUAUGCUGCCUCCCCAUCCCUUCCCUCCCCAUCCCUCACCUCCCCAUCCCUACCCUCCCCAUCCCUUCCCUCCCCAUCCCUCACCUCCCCAUCCCUACCCUCCCCAUCCCUUCCCUCCCCAUCCCUCACCUCCCCAUCCCUACCCUCCCCAUCCCUUCCCUCCCCAUCCCUCACCUCCCCAUCCCUACCCUCCCCAUCCCUCACCUCCUAGUCUCUCAUCUUACCGUACCUCUUCUCCCCAUCCCUCAUCUACUCAUCCCUCACCUCCCCAUCCCUCACCUCCCCAUCCCUCAUCUCCCCAUCCCGCAUCUCCCCAUCCCCACCUCCCCAUCCCUUCCCCAUCCCUCACCUCCCCAUCCCCGCCUCCCCAUCCCUUACCCUCUCCAUCCCCCAUCUCCCUAUCCCUCACCUCCCGGUCUUGCAUCUUACCAUCCCUCAUCUCCCCAUCCCUCACCUCCCCAUCCCUCGCCUCCCCAUCCCCGCCUCCCCAUCCCUUCCCCAUCCCUCACCUCCCCAUCCCUCACCUCCCCAUCCCUUACCCUCUCCAUCCCUCACCUCCCCAUCCCUCACCUCCCCAUCCCUCACCUCCCCAUCCUCGCCUCCCCAUCCCUUCCCCAUCCCUCACCUCCCCAUCCGUCCUUUCCCCAUCCGUCCUCCUCACCCCAUCUCCUUCUCACACCAUCUCCUCCUCACCCCAUCUCCUCCUCACCCCAUCUCCUCCUCACGCCAUCUCCUCCUCACCCCAUCUCCUCCUCACCCCAUCUCCUCCUCAACCCAUCUCCUCCUCACCCCAUCUCCUCCUCACCCCAUCUCCUCCUCACCCCAUCUCCUCCUCACCCCAUCUCCUCCUCACCCCAUCUCCUCCUCACCCCAUCUCCUCCUCACCCCAUCUCCUCCUCACCCCAUCUCCUCCUCACCCCAUCUCCUCCUCACCCCAUCUCCUCCUCACCCCAUCUCCUCCUCACCCCAUCUCCUCCUCACCCCAUCUCCUCCUCACCCCAUCUCCUCCUCACCCCAUCUCCUCCUCACCCCAUCUCCUCCUCACCCCAUCUCCUCCUCACCCCAUCUCCUCCUCAACCCAUCUCCUCCUCACCCCAUCUCCUCCUAUACACAUCCGCUUCUUUCCCCUUCCCUCGUCACCGCGUCCCCUCCUCUCCCCAUCCCCUCCUCUUGUCGUCCCCUCUUCUCCCCACCCCCUCCCAUCCUCUCCCCAUCCCCUCCUCUCCCAAACCCAUCCUCUCUUCAUCCCUCCCCAUCCGUCCUUUCCCCAUCCGAUCCUCUCCCCCUCCCCUCCAGGUGUUUCCCACACCGCCCUCGGCCCAGCGGCACCUCUUCAUCCCUUGUGCUUUUCUGCACCAGGGAGCUGCUUGGGGCGCUGUGGGCGGAUGGUGGUGGGCAGAGUCACUUAGCAGAGGCAUUCGUGGUGCUGCUUGUCCUCCCUUUCCCCCCCGUCCUCCCUUCAUCACUUCCUCCCAACAUCACUUCCUCCCUUCAUCACUUCCUCCCUUCAUCACUUCCUCCCUUCAUCGCAUCCUCCCUUCAUCACUUCCUCCCUUCAUCACUUCCUCCCUUCAUCACUUCCUCCCUUCAUCACUUCCUCCCUUCAUCACUUCCUCCCUUCUGCCCUCAAUCCCUUCUGCCCUCAAUCACAUUCUUCAUCCUUUCUCCCAUCCUUUUUUCCUCCCUACAUCCCUUCAUCUGUUACUCCCUUCAUCCAUCCAUCCUUCCCUUCCUCUGUUCCUCUCUUCCUCCCUUCGUCCCUUCCUCCGUUUCUCCCUUCCUCUGUCCCUCCCUUCCCCUGGUCGUCCUUCUGUUUGGCCCUAG